CACGAAAUGGACUUGGCCCCGGCCCAAAGGGGCUCCUCGCUUUCCUCGGGGCCGUGGUUUGUGCUCCUCUGCAGCAGAGCUCCAGAGCUGGAAGAGAAGCUCCGACCUUGGCUUUCGUCCUCUUUUGGAGCCGCUGGGUAAUUUGCAGACGCUCCCUGACGCGGGUUGGCGGCCGGGGCGCUUUGAGCGACGGACCCGUUGCCCGGGCGACCGGGGUUCCGUCCGCCGUCGGGCCCGGCCGACAACAUGGAGCGCGGCGUGUUGGGGCCGGGCCGGUCCCGCUUCCUGGCCUGCGCUUGUUUCCUCACCGACAACCUUUUCGUGGAGCGCUACGGACUCCACCUGCGCUACCGGGGCGACCCCGAGCAGCUGCGGAGGGACUACGGGCCGGUCUUGAGGCAGCGCGGCUGCAGGAGCGAGGAGGACUUCGCGGCCGUCCUUCGAGAGGUUGAAAAUGAAGUGCAGAGAAGAAAGGAAUUGGACCGUCUGUCCAGAGAAAGAAAAGCAAUCAUCUCUCAGAAUUACAGACCAAAGCACCCACAUCUAUAUAUUUUACAGGAAUCAUUUUUUAACCCGGAAUUUUUAGAAACCGUCAAGUACUGCACAUCCCAAAAUGCUGAUCUCCAGGGUCUCCUACACCGUGUGGAAUCCUUAUCAGAUAAGAGAAUAUACCGGUUGCCAAUAUUCACCAAGGAAUUCUGCGAAGCUUUUGUUGAGGAGCUAGAACAUUUUGAACAAUCCGAGAUGCCCAAGGGGAGACCCAAUUCUAUGAAUAACUAUGGGGUGCUUUUGAAUGAACUUGGACUGGACGAAACUUUUCUUACACCUCUGCGAGAGAAAUAUUUGCAACCCCUGACAGCGCUGCUUUACCCGGACUGUGGAGGGAGCUGCCUGGACAGCCACAAAGCUUUUGUGGUGAAAUACGCACCGCAUGAAGACCUGGACUUGCACACUCAUUACGACAACGCGGAAGUGACCCUCAAUGUUUCCCUGGGGAAAGAGUUCGCCGAAGGGAGCCUUUAUUUUGCAGAAUUUAGACAGGAUGCCAAGCCUGUGCCAAAUUACCUUGAGGUCGAACACCUGCUGUACUACGGAUUGUUCCAUCGUGGAGGGCAGCUACACGGGGCACUGCCCAUUGCCUCUGGCGAGCGCAGGAACCUGAUUAUCUGGAUGCGAUCAUCCGCUGUCCGCAACCACCUUUGUCCCAUGUGCAACAGAGUGCCUGACCUCGUUGAGGCGGAUGGAUUUGGUGAUGGGUUCACUAGGAUUUUGGAGGGCAGCCCUCCUGGGACCACAGAUGUGUGCUCAUUAACAUAGACGAUGGAGAGAGCGCAGAAUUUUAUAUCUGGGUUUUAAUAAAUUUUCAAAAUCUGACUAUGGCAUCAAUAGUCUCUUCUCUGUGCAGUCCUGAGUGCUUGGCAGUUUGCUUGCGGACGUUCCAUUGCCCAACUAGGCAACAUCAUCAGUGCUAGAAUGAAGUGGGGUUGGAGGAGGACGGCUGUGGGGUCCUUGGCGCUCUUUGAGUUUCUUGCAGACAUUUCACGUCCCAACAAGGCAAUAUCAUCAGUUUGAGGGUGUGUAAGGGGCUCCCUGCUUGCA